AUGGCUUUUGAAAAUGCUGCUAAAAAUGGAUAUCUUGAAAUAUUAAAAUAUUUACGUGAAUUAGGAUAUAAAUGUUCAGAUUAUUAUUUUAAUAUAGCUUUUGAAAAUGCUGCUGAAAAUGGAAAUCUUGAAAUAUUAAAAUAUUUACGUGAAUUAGGAUAUAAAUGUUCAGAUUAUUAUUUUAAUAUAGCUUUUGAAAAAGCUGCUAAAAAUGGCAACCUUGAAAUCGGAAAUCUUGAAGUAAUUAAAUAUUUACAUGAAUUAGGGUAUAAAGGUGCAGAAGAUACAUUUAAUUCUGCUGUUGAAAGCGGAAAUCUUGAAGUAAUUAAAUAUUUUCAUGAAUUGGGGUAUAAAGGUACGGAAUAUGCUUUUAAUUGUGCUUUUGAAAGCGGAAAUCUUGAAGUAAUUAAAUAUUUACAUGAAUUAGGGUAUAAAGCAAUUAUUCGCGCUAUAGAAAAUGGUAACCUUGAACGAGUAAAAUAUUUGCAUAAAUUAAAGUAUUAUUAUGAAGAAUUAGCAAUUAAUUAUGCUACUGAAAAUUAUGACUUUGAAUUUGAGCAACAAUUAUAUAAAUUUAAGUAUAAAUAUGAAAAAUGUGCAAUUAGUUCUGCUGCUAUAAACGGUCACUUUGAAGUUGUAAAAUAUUUACUUGAAAUUGGAUAUAAAGUUGAUAAAUUAGCAAUUAGUUAUGCUGCUAUAAAUAACCACUUUGAAAUAUUAAAAUAUUUACAUGAAUUAGGGUAUGAAUGUUAUGAUUGGACAAUUGAUUGUGUUGCUAAAAAUGGUCACCUUGAAAUAUUAAAAUAUUUACAUGAAUUAGGAUAUAAAGGUACAGAAGAUGCAAUAGAUAAAGCUGCUCGAAAUGGUCACCUUGAACAAUUAAGAGAAAAGGUUAUUUUAUUGGAUAAGAAUCACGCACUAAACAGAAACUAUGAAAGUCUUUCACAGAGUUCAUGCAGUUUAUUAAUAUCUCAGCAACUCAUAGUUAAUAUACUUUCAAUAAGAAAGUAUAUUAACUAUGAGUUAAUCUUUCAAGCAGGAGUAUAG